UUCUGAUGCCGAGCGCUCUGGCGCCCCCUAUCGACUGCAUCUUCGCACAACGGCGUCAUCAUGGAGGCGAAGCGGACGUCUGGAGCCGAGUGACGGGGGAGACACGAAGCCGCACGUCGCCUGCUUCGCUUUGCACUCCCUUUAAUAGAUUAAAAACGGUCAUCCCCCAGCAGCAACUCCAGUGGACAAGACGCCGGGCAUCAUGAAGCACUUCCUGAGAGUGUUGACCCAGUUCUUCGUGUUCCUCUACUGCAAAUGUCUGUGGCGAGGCCUGAAAUUCGUGGCGCGCAAGUUUACGGGACGCUGUGAACUACAGCGGAUCUGCUACAACAACAAGCACGGCGCCCGCAGGACACUCAAGAUCGAGUCAUCUCUGAAGUACUCCAAAAAUGAGUUGCUUCAGUCCGCCCUCAGUACCCACCCCGACAAAGUGGAGAAAACCAUUGACGAGAUCAUGACUCUGAAGAAGAUCAAUCCCGACACCAACCCUCAGUUGGGCAUCUCCCUACAGGCCAGCCUGCUGCAGAUUGUGGGCUACAGGUACUUGGUGGCCGAGGUGGAGAAGCUCCGGCGGGAGCCUUACGACUGUGAAAAUGCAGAACACGAGGAUAUGCUGAUGAAGUUGUGGAAGGAGCUGCGUCCUGACACUCCUCUGACCGGACGGAUUUCGAAGCAAUGGUGUGAGAUUGGAUUCCAAGGCAGCGAUCCAAAGACGGACUUCCGAGGCAUGGGCCUGCUGGGUCUCCACAAUCUGUUAUACUUUGCGGAACACGACAAGGCGACGGCUCUGCAGAUGCUCCAUGACUCCCUACUGCCCAAACACAAGAGUGCGCACGGGAGUCGCAGCGAGGCAAACAUAUCUGAAUGGGAGCAGAAGAAUGUUGACAAAGCCAUUGGCUAUUCUUUCGCCAUUGUGGGCAUCAACAUCACAGACCUGGCCUACUCGCUGCUGGUGAGCGGCGCCCUGAAGACCCACCUGUACAACGUGGCGCCUGAAAUGCCCACCCUGCUGCACCUCCAGCAGACCUUCUGCUACCUUAUGCAAGAGUUCCACCGCUUCUGGAUCGAUGAGGACCCCGGCGAUAUCAUGGAGUUCAACCGCGUACGGGGCAAGUUCCACCGGCGGGUCCUACGGCAGCUGCGGGACCCGGACGCGGCUCUGUGCCCACACUUCUCCGCCUCCGACCUCCACUUGGUCAACCUUUAGGGCCGCCCUCACCCCACCAUCGGAUGUCCCGGUAGGCCCGUCAUUAAAAGCGCUCGGGCUAACGUCAUGAAUGCGUCACUGCCGGCGGCUUAUAGAUACAGUAUAUAUCUAGAUAUACACGCACUCACACCACCAGCAUCAGACAUCACCAUAGCGAUUGUCGCACCAUCGUCGUCUCACUUUUACUUUAAUGAUUGUAUGGCACUCUUUACCAAGAGGUGGGGGACACGACUCACAUGACUUGACUGAAGUCAGACAGUCGCCAGUGUUAAGACCUGAGAUUUAAUAAUGAAAGACUCGACUUGACUUGAACACCAUCAUAUUUGCGAAUUCACCAAUCAGAUUUUUUUUCAACCUUUACUCUGUUAUUCUCUGAAAAAAAGAAACUUUCUAGCUGUUUUUGUGCUCAGACCAAAGCAAUAAAAGUACAGUGAUGCCUUGAAAUACGAGUUACUCGCCUUGCUAGAUUUUCGAGCAAUGAGCCGUCAUUCGAGCAAUUAUUUUUUUUUUUUGGUUUGACUUGUGAGCGUAGACUUGAGAUACGAGAUAAACUUGUAUCUCCAGGCAACACUAUAUUCCUGGUGUCAAGGAACUAUGUUGAAGUGAGUUAAGGGAGUUGCAUUUGAAAAUACCGAGAAAUAAAGACAACAGCGUGGCUAUUUGAUCACGCUAUUCAUUGACUGCACUCCAGCAUUUCGGCGACAGAGACCCUCCGCGUUUUGCUUUUUAGUCCCACGUAGAUAUGAAAUCAUAAAUAUUGUUAAGUAUUAUUGUAAAACAAUAUUUGUACUUAUUGGUACAGCUUGGCGGUGGCUAACUGGAUCUAGCUUCAUACUUUAAAACAUCUUUUUUUUGUUGUUGUAAUAGCUCAUGUGAUACGACAUAGCAUUUUGGAUUGGCUGUCGCAUCCGUGACCUUGUGAAGCCGUUCACUUGUGACUUGAAUUUCGAAUCGUGGCAAAAAAAAGUUGCCAGCGGUUGGCCACUCAUGAUAACUAGUUGCAGAGCCCCACAGCCUGCACAAUGGUUCGACUUACUUGUGGAGUUGAAUGUACCUUGCUCGAAAGGUCCUGCCUGCUUACAUCUGAAAAUCAGCAUUUUUAAAGAUACUGUGUGAGGUAUCGGAUAAAUAUGAUGUUCAUUAAUAAUUGCUUCAUUUGUGGAAAUGUGUGUUCCACUCACUCCCUUGUAGUCCCUGUCUGUUAAAAUGCAUUCCUUUGGUCGUAAACCAACAUGCUACCAAUACACUACGCUACAGCCAUGAAGAGCAUAUACUUUUAGGAGUUGGAGAACAGACCCUUGCAGCUGGAGGUGAGGCCAGCCAGGAAGGUUGCUAUGGAAACACUACUCUCUUUCCAAACCAGAUGCGACCAUAUAAGGAAAUAAAGACAUUGGCUUCAUAAUCAUGGUUUUUUUUUGGGGGGGGGGUGCUAGGAGAGCUGAUCGAAUGCACCACACGUGCCAGUUGUUUUAGUGGCCACUCGACUUGCUUGAUUUUUCUCCACAGUUAACUUGAGACUUGUUUGAAACUAGAAGGUUACUAAGACUGGAGACUUAUUUAUGACUUGCACUUAUGUGACUUACUCCCCACUUCGACUCUUUACACUCAUUUUGCUUAAUCUCGCACUUAAAAAAAAAAAAAAAAAUCGAGUAAAAAAUAAUGACGUGUACAUAUAAUACGACACUGCAAGCUGUCAAAUUUCUAUAUUAGUCGAUGACCACCUCCUUGCCAACAUUUUGAAUGUGUAUGUUUUAAAUGGUGUCUUUAUAGCAUUAUAAUGCUUCCCAUUUGCCUUUAUUUCCCCCAAAACAACACUUUCUAUCAUGAAUGUUUCUCACAUUAACGAUUGUUUCUGUUUAAAUCCAUGGAAUGUGACACUUUUAAUGUCCGCCGUCAGCCAAAGCAAUAAUUCCGAUUCAUUUGGUGUAGACGAGUUGCAACAUGCUUGUUUUGAUUUAUUGUAUUUUUUUAAUGAAUUUAUUAUGGCUUUAGUAGAGCUCUGUUGACAGUUUAGUGACAUUUAGGAAUGAUGGCGUGAUAUAAGUAAGUUGGGAAGAAAAAAAACAUGGCACUGUUAGUCAAUGCAACAGAAGGGUAUAAAAUAAUGGAAGAAACAAUUGACGUUAUACUGUAUGUCUUAAUGUACACGCCACAUACUUCAACAAAACCUUAAUAUUUCUGUCAUUUGUUUUAAUAAUGUAACCAUAAUAGGGUCAAAAUUCUGACAUUCGGCAACAAACAGGAGUUCCACGACAAUAUUCCUUGAUUAAUAUUUUUUUAUUGGAUUAUUGUAAUUAUAUGUUUUAUUAGAUUAAAUGUAAUUACAUGAAAUUUAAUUUAAUGUAUUCUAUUCCAAUAAUUACUUUUUUAAAAUUUAGUUGACAAUGGAUGUUUCUGUUUACUUUAAUUGUAGAGGAUUUAAAAAAAUGUUUUCAAUUUACGUUUUACUUCUGGUUAUUUUGUUUUUAAUUGAUUCAAUUCAUUUACAUUUGUAUUCCAUUUUUAAAUUACCUUUUAAAAGUGCUGUAUUUGUAUUCUGUUUUUGUAUUUAUUUGACAAUGGAUUUAUUUCAUUUAAUUUAUUUGUAUCUAAUUUUAAUGGAUUUUUAACAUUCAAAUGUAAUUUCCUUUUUAAUUUGAUAUUUUUUUUUGUUAAUCAUAAUAAUUAAUAAUUUAAUUAAUUAAAAUGUAUAUUCAUUUUAAAAAAAAUCAAUCUGGUUGUAAUUUUCAAUGAAAUGUUUUAUUUCUUUUUAAUAGAAUUUUUUAUUCCAUUUUUUAUUCAAUUGAAACGUUUUGGUUGAAUUAUGUUGAUAGUAAAAAUGAACAAUUGUACAUUUCAAAUGAUUCAAACAUUUACAAUGAAAUACAAGUAAAUUUAACUGUCAAGCUACUUAACAAGUAUAACUGACCAACCCAACUAAAAACGUGAGCUCAAUUAAACCAGACGCUUUCCAAAUUGAACAACUGAACUAAAACUUCAAUGUUGAACUAAAUCUAACUAUGCUAAAAUAAACAAAAGUGGACGCUUACAAAGUCAAUCAAGAAUCCGAGUUAAAGUGAAUUUUGUGCAAGAAACAGGAGACAUUGUACAAAGCAGACAGACGUAGGGAAUGCAGUACACAAGGUCUUUUGACCCACACAGGCAGCUGCUGUGGCCUUGUGGUCGACAUCCAACUGUUUACAGAGUGUACAAAAAAAAAAAAAAAAAAAAACCUUGAGAAAUGAGCCACAUGCUGCUUCACCAAGACACGAUUCUGUGAUGUAUAAACAUAAUGAAUUGUAAUGAUGAAGCAGCUGUUUGCUUUGUUUACUACUCCAUUCAGCAGCACUGUUUUGCCUUUUGAUGUUUCCUUGCCUAUACUGCUUUAGUAGCAGUAGUGGAGUCUUACUGCUUUCAAGAUAUUCUUCUGGAUGUUCUGAGUAGAUGUUGUAACGCUGUGAUUUAUUUGUCUGUAAUGUGCAUUGGAGAACACAAAUCAAUAAAAAAAAGACAGUCAAA